AUGGAGAAAAACCAGGAGCCGGCGAUCGGGAUCCCCUACAACGCGGCCUACCAUGCCCCGGCGAUGCCCCAAGCAUACUACGUCGGGGAGAACCCUCACCAGGCCGGCGUAAUCCCUCCUAACGCCAUCGUUGGGGAUCCAAAGGGUAUACCCCUUCAGCAAACGAUUUACCGCGAUAGCCCCGCCCCUUUCAACUGCGUUUACUGCGGCGGAUCAGGUCUAACCACCGUCAAGUCGAAACCAAGUUUGGCUGCUUUUGUUGGUUGUAUGAUGCCAUUUAUGCUAGGGUUCUGUUUUCUUUGUCCUUCCAUGGAUUGCCUAUGGCACAAGUAUCAUUAUUGUCCAAGCUGCAAUCAGAAGGUUGCCAACUUUGAGAAGUCUGAUAUUUGUUUGGUCAUGGACCCUCCACAAUGGGAACAAAUGAGUUUUGCGUUGCCUGCAUGA